ACAUGGUUAUUUAGCGUUGUUGAGAUCAGAUACCUGAAUUAGCACAAGUCAUUUAGAAAUGGCGGAAAGCGCUAAGCCACUGAUGCUAAUUGCUAUCGACGACAGUGAACACAGCUUUUAUGCAUUGGAGUGGACUCUGGACCAUUUGUUUGCUCCCGGGUCUACCCAUCCUUUCAAGCUCGGCAUCAUCCAUGCUAGGGCAUCUCCCGCUUCUGCUCUCGGAGUCGCCGGAGUUGGCUCUGGGGACUUCUUGAAUUCGUUGAUUUCUGAUAUGAAGAAAUCGGCUACUAAGACGGUCGAAAAGGCCAAGGAAAUGUGCGCCACGAAGAAGGUGGAAAUUGUGCUAGUGGAAGUUAUGGAAGGUGAUCCGAGAAAUGUUAUGCCCGAAGCUGUGGAUAAACACAAAGCAGUUCUCUUGGUUCUCGGCAGUCAUGGUUAUGGAGCGGUAAAGAGGGCAGUUCUGGGGAGUGUAAGCGACUUCUGUGCUCAUCAUGCUAACUGUUCAGUAAUGAUUGUGAAGAGGCCAACCAAGCCUGCUGCCAAGUAGUGAUGGAUUGGACUAGUCUUGAAGCGUUACAAUAAAGAUAGAUGUGGCUCUAGCUAGAGUAGUAUACUAGUGUAUUGGCCCAUUUUAUACUCGUUUUCUCUCAUCAUAAAAUUAUGAACUAGAUUUUCUAUGUCGAUUUAUUUUUUUUGGAAUAUUCAAGGUAAUAGAAUGGAUUGCAUUCUUGCAAUAA